AUGUCUGACUGGACUUAUGAAAUGCUCCGAUAUGCUUUCAGUUGGAACGAUGAGUCGAGCGAGAAAGCCCUCAAAUAUGUGGUCAAUGGCCGAAGCCCUUCCGAGACCAUGUCAGAGUUUCAGCUGCUAGAUAUACUUCUGUUGACCAUCCUAACAGAAAAGGACGAGGUUGAAAGAACUUCAGCACUUGUAUUUCUGGAAGAGCACGGCAAAAGUUUGGUUUUCGAUUACUCACGACUCCACAAAGUUUAUUUCGUGCUGGAGAAUAUCCUCGGCUCUCCGGUCGAUGGCCAGGGCAUGACCUACUCUUUGAAAUCACAAGUUUUGGUCACGUACACCGCGCUACUGAUACAAUUCAACACAUUUGAAACGGAUGUGGCCCGCUUCGAAGGCUUUGUAGACCUGCUCUAUUCCAUGGUGAAGCAUACCAACAAAUCUGCCGAUCGGAUUCUCCGAGCUUAUGCAUGCGAGUGUUUGCAUGAGUUGGAAAGUUGGCAUCCAGGACUGCUUUUCCCACUUCUGGGAGAGGAUUGGAACGUGCCUCCUAUCUGGGCUGCUGGAAUGACAGCUACAGCCCAGCAGGGCUCAUCAGUUGGUGUGAACACUCUUGGCAAGUUUGCCAAUGAUGAACUGCUACACAUUCAAGAGAGCUAUGCCCGGCUUUUCUUCACUACCAUCCAGCAUUUCACAGAGCAGUUGGUGCAGGAAGCCUUGAAGCACCAGCCCGAAGAAAGGCACGACUUGACGGAGCUGUCCAUGACGCCGCUCACUACCCCGGCAGGAUCACGGCCGGGGACCCCGCCGUUGACUCCGCGAGGCUCUACCCCCUUGGAGCCUGAGCCAGUGGGCCAAACAAUGCCAGUUAAAAGCGAUUCCAUGUUCCGCUUCCACAUCCCCAGGAACUGCCACCCAGGCCCAGAGUUCUCAUUCGAUCUGGCAACGGAUCAGACUCCUCCAAGGUUGCCUCGCAAGUUGGUGCGGACAAUGACACGCAGCAUCGGGUUGGUUCUGGAGGCGAUGCCCACCUCCUCGUCGUGGACAAAGAUUUUCAUUGCCGAGCGCCUCAGUCUCUUUGUGAAAGUUCUCGCCCUGCCACAGCGCGUGGUCUUCCACCACUUCAGCCCACUGCUGCAUGCAUCACGACCGUCCCUGCUGCAUGCCUUCAUGGUGGUGAACGCUCUUUUCGCCAAGGAGCUGGACACGGUGGCAGAGGCUGUGGUCCACCGGCUCUUUGCUCUCCUGCAGGAUGCCGCCAUGGAAUCCUGUUUUCGACUGCUUUCAGUCAGUUGGCUCAUAGCGCUCUCGAGCAGCCAGCUUUCCUUCAACCUGCUCUGGGCACGGGACCCUUUGGAGCUGAAGGAGAUGAAGCUGCAGGCCCUGCUCUACUGCUUCAAGAUUUCUCAGAACUUGCCCAGCAAUCUCUUGAUCGUCCUGGAGUCUUUGUCGGAAUUCAAAUACUGCCACCGACCGGUGGGCGCUCAUGCGGUGGUCUUCCGCUUCCUGCUGCGAGUGCUGAUUGAUGCUUGCCCAGAGAACCGGAUUUUGCGCCAGAGAUGGAUCGACUGGAGGCCCGCGCACGAUGCUCAACGCAAGGGCGCGAUCGCAUUUACGCUUGCUGCCAUCGGCAGGGAGCUGAGUUCCAACAUAAAGGCCUUGGCAAGCGUUGCCUUUUUUUCUGUCUCUGGUGCUUCAGAGGCUGUCCAGUACAAGCUGCUGCACUCUUUGGGCCAGUUUGUGCCUCUGGCCUCGGAGGCCAUGACCUGUGUGAGCUCUGCGAAGCUCUUCUUCGAUGGAGACACUGGACCUGACAACAAGCGUGUGCUGAUAACGUGUCGUCGGAUCAUCCUCUCGCAUCCUCAGGCGGUGAUCUACCAGCCUAUGCUCCGCUUGUUGCAGCACCUCGCUACAUACCAGUCAGAUGUCGACCUCCGCGAUCGAUCCUUGCUCUAUCUGAGGCUUCUCUCUCACUCGGGGCCUGCAGCGCUCGGCGCGCUGUUCAACCCGCACCCGGCAAACAUGCAGAGAAUGACGCAGAUGCUGUCGCCAGUACUUCCAAGAACUGUGCGCCUCAACAAUGGUCCAGUUCCAUUUCUCCGCUUCGUAAAGUCACCCGACGAGCGAAGGAAGCUUGGGCUGCUGGACCGUCAAACUGCUGUCUUUGUUUUGCCUCAUGGCCCAGAAGGAGGCGACUUGCUUACCAGCCAGUGGGAGAAGAGGUGGGGUGACCCUGGCCUGGACCACAAAUUCCCCGAAGAUUGGCUGAAGUUGGCCAAGCUUGCCGGGGAAGCUGGAGUUGAGGCCGAAGCAGAUGAGCUGUCCUGGCUGCUGAACGAGUACAAGAAGCACCUACAGGCAUCUCCAUCCAGCAUCCGCCUGCCUUUCACUUUGCAGUACGAACCCGCAACAGACAUGGUAUCAGAGGAUCAGAGCCUGGAAUGUCCUCGCCAACUUUUCUCCCUGGAGCUGACAUUUUCCUCCAGCGAGCACUAUGUCCCCAUUGAGCCAAUUCGAAUUCCGUUCAUCGCUGCAGAUGGUAGUUCAGCUGUGGAGGAUGGUGAGGGAGGUGGUUUCCCUCAUUUGAACAAGCUGCUUUUACGGCUUCGGCCUCUCAGUCCGGUACCAACCUCCUUCGGGGUGAACAUUGCCUUCAACGAUAGCCUCAGCCAGAUGUACUUAGGUCAGCUUGAAGCCUUCGAGGUUGCCUUCCAGGAUCUUUUUCUUCCUGUGCGCCUGCCGUUGGUGUUUUGGGCACCUCUAUUCGAAAAUCUGUGGGGCAGUCUCGCCGAGCCCUCCUGGUCAGUGAAGGUCUUGGAUUUGGAGAGAGGGACUAUCAAGGAGCUAAUACAGACGCAACUUGGACCUUUCGUCGUGCCGGCGGAGGUUCACGUCGAGGAUGAAGACUUCGACUUCGAACAAGAGGAGUACUUUGAUAGAUGGAACAGCUUACCAGAGGGUGACAUGGACUUGCCGGAGCAGGAGGAAGAUGUCACCGUCAAUGUGGACACGACAUUUGCUAUAUUGUUCGUUCCUCCCUGUUAUCACCUGCUGAUGAGGCUGAUUGAGGGCUCAGUGGUUUGCGGUUUUUGCGCGUGCAGCUCGCAGUUGCUACCUGUCACCCAUAGGUGA